AUGGCGACUUCCUUGAACAAGAAGGUCUUGAACUUUAAUAUCGGAGUUCUUGGGCAUAUUGACAGUGGGAAAACAUCUCUUGCUAAAGCCUUGAGCUCGACUGCUUCCACAGCUUCUUUCGACAAGAACCCCCAGAGUAAAGAGCGUGGAAUAACCCUUGAUCUGGGCUUCUCCUCAUUCCAAGUUCCCCUCCCAGAGCAUUUGAAACAACACCCCUAUGACCUCCUGCAGUUUACACUGGUGGAUUGCCCAGGACAUGCGUCUCUUAUUCGGACUAUCAUUGGAGGCGCUCAGAUCAUUGAUAUGAUGAUGCUGGUGGUGGAUGUCACCAAGGGAAUGCAGACCCAAACAGCUGAGUGUCUGGUGAUUGGAGAGAUUCUGUGUGAGAAGAUGGUGGUGGUAUUGAACAAGACCGACUUACUUAAAGAAGAAAAGAGGGAUGCUUUAAUUGAGAAGGUAAUUAAUUGAUUGAUGACUGUGUAAAAAGGUUUCAUUCCUAUUUCCUCGCUCCUCGCCAGGAGAGACCUCUGUGACUCAGCAACCGGAAUUCUGUACUGAUGACAUAAAAUCUGUCCACAAUCUGGUCAGGAGCUCUGAUUGGUGGACAUAGUAAAUACAUUGUUUUAGCUAUAGUGUUUAUAAAUGACAGACAAUAGACAAAAGGCCACCAAGGUCAAGUGUAAAUUGGAUCAAUCUAUGACAAAACAGUCAAUAUUCAUGGAAUAUAUACUUCUCUAGAAGAAGCAUUUGAGUUUUGCUGGGGCUCAUUCACAGAUGAAUACAAACUUUCUCAAAAUUGACCAGGAGAAACUUAAGCAGCAUGCAAAGAAAGUAGUGUCCGAUAGCCCAGGGCUAGUGGAUUUUGCUUUUGGGCUAGUGAAUUCUGUUCUUAACUUGCCCAACAGGCAAGCAGGGCUCGAAAUUGCGACUGAUACGGUCGCCAAUAAGACUAACAUUUUCUCCUUGGCGACUAAAAAUUCUAGUUUAGUCGCCAAAGUGGCGACCAGAUUCCUCUAUCAGUCUAUGAUUUAGAUUUACAUUAAAAGAGUAGAGUUAAAACAAAUAUUUCAUCUUAUCCUGCUUUGUUUCAUCAUAAAAAAGUGUGCCAAAUCGGAUAAACAGAACCAGUUUACCUCCAAAUUUAUACCGACUUCUAUCCACGAUAUUUUCAAAUCUGAUGGAUCGUACCAUACUAUGCAGGGCUUCUGAUAGGUCGCGGAAAAGGAGACAAAUUUUGCGGGAUUUUUAGGGGCAAAUUCGCCAAAAAAUCGACCGAUUUCGCAGGAAUUUUCGGGGCAAACUCAGCCGAAAAUCAAUAGGCAAAAACGACUGAUUUUCAGGGAAAACUUCGUUGGAGAUCAAUCGGUUUUGCGCUGACCAGACCUGCAUUUUUAAUGUUUUUCUAACAGAGGUCAUCAUUUGCUCUUUCAACAACAAUACGCUCCAGAACUGAACCAAUGGCAAAGCCUUUAACAUCAUGGCUAGUGCCCAGUUUUUCACAACAUAAUCUACGCCUGGUAGUUUCGGAGUUUCGGGACAUUGUUUGCAUGUUUCAGUGACGAAGUUUUAAGAUAAAUUUACAAGUUUACGGCAAGUAAACAGCCCCUGUAGCUGAGAUAAGUUUAAAAUGUGGUCUACAGACAUGUAUUUGAUAAGAUUUGUACUGAAUUUCGGGGUAUUUUGCGUGUUUUUGUGAAAUUUGCGGCUCUGUGAUGGCGUGAAAUAUCAAAAGCCUUGACUAUGAACAUUAUUCAAACUGGCAACUAAACAUUUGCAACUGGCGACUAUAUUUCUCCAGUUGGUCGCCAAAAGGCGACCUGAGGAUUUUUUUAAUUUCAAGCCCUGGCAAGUGAUGUUUUUUGAGGAACUAAAAAUAUGUGCCUCACAGAACCUUGCAAAGAUUUAAACCAUGUUUGUAGUUUAAAUAUAUUGAAUUAUUAAAAAUUAGACUUUCUGCAUUAAAAGAAAAUAAUGUUUGUGUCACACCAUUGUGAAUUUAUUUCUGUAAGCAUCCUUCAAGCUUUAAGUUUGAUUAUUCUGUGUAGUUAUUAUUGAUUGACUUAAUGGUAGACUUAUAUAAACUUAACUGAUUCAGUGUCUCACAUUUUCUUUGCACCUUUUUAGAUGACCAAAAAAAUGGCAAAGACAUUGGAAAACACGAAAUUUGCUGGUUCACCCAUUCUAGCAGUAUCAGCCAAGCCCGGAGGACCUGAUUGUCCAGACUCUGAGCCUGUUGGUACUCAGAAGCUCAUAGAUUUACUCUCAUCAUUGUCAUACCUUCCAAUCAGAGAUCCAUCAGGACCUGUGGUCUAUGCUGUUGAUCACUGCUUCUCUAUACGCGGGCAGGGCACUGUAAUGACGGGAACUAUUCUCAGCGGUAGCAUUAAGGUUAAUGAUACAAUAGAGAUUCCCUCCAUGAAGGUCACUAAGAAAGUCAAGUCAAUGCAGAUGUUCAGAGUCCCUGUGACAGAAGCUUCUCAGGGUGACAGGGUUGGGAUAUGCGUGACUCAGUUUGAUCCAAAACUGUUGGAAAGAGGGUUGGUUUGUAGUCCAUCGACUAUACCAACAAUUUUUGCAGCCAUUAUCUCAGUUAAACAUAUCCCUUACUAUAAAGGAACUAUCACCUCUAAAUCUAAGUUCCAUAUUACCAUUGGUCAUGAAACAGUGAUGGGUAAGCUUCAAGUGUUUGGCCUUCCUCCUAGCCAGUCAGUUGAUCCUCCUCAAGACAGCAAAUCCUUUGACAUGAGUAGAGAGUAUGUUUUUCAAGAAGCAAUCAUGGAACAAUCAAGUCAUUCUGCCAAAUCAGCUGAUAAAGAAAGUGAAGAUACUGAAAGUAAUCCUGUUCCAAAUCAACAGUGGUUGUUCAUAGAGUUUGAGAAACCAGUUACCUGCCCAGAACAUUCUUUGGUGAUUGGGUCACGACUUGACACUGACAUACACCUGAACGUCUGUAGAAUCGCAUUUCAUGGUCAAUUGUUAGUACCUGUAAUGGACAAGAACUAUACAGAAACCUUCUUGCCACAGUUAAAAGUCUACAAGACCAAGACAAGGGAAGGUGUUGUUGAAAGGAUGGCGGAUGAGUACUCUGUAAUUGCUCACUCUCUUUUCAAGAAGGAAACAAAUAUCCAAACUUUUGUUGGAAUGAAGAUUAGAAUGACAACAGGAGAGGAAGGAAUGAUCGAAGGAGCUUUUGGUCAAAGUGGCAAAGUGAAGAUCAGGAUUCCCAGUGGCUUGUCUGCUGACACUAUACCUAAACUUUCUUCUGGUGGAAAGAAAAAAGGUGGAAAAAAUAAAGGGGCUGCUACAGCUAGUCCAGAAGUUACUGGCGAUUCUGUUGAGCAGCUUACAAAAGCUGUCAAAGUAAUCCUAGAGUUUAAGAGAUACAGCUAUGAUCCUCAGAAGAAAAUGAUUCAAACGUGAGCAGACUGACUUUGCUUGAAAAUUAUUAUUGUAAACAAGUAACUUGACAACAAACAAUAGUAAAAUUAAAUAAUUAAUUUUGUGAAAGGUUAUUAAAAUUUUUCAUAGAGUACCGGUGGAGGUGGACAAGAUGGAGACAAAGCCCAUUACAAACCUAGGUAACUACAUGUACACUGUAACAUAUGUUAGUGUUGAAUCUUGUAGGUGAGUUGGUGUAAAAAAAAAUAAUAAAAAAGCGCUAUUUUAACUGUGACAGUUUGUAACAACAAGAAGAAUUUUCCAAUUUUGUAUUGUUUAUAUUUACGCAAGAUAUCUUUACAGCAAGGUAUGCUAAUAUUGCAUUGUUUUGGUUUUAUGCAUAGCUA